AUGCGAUGGCAGGCAAUUGCCUGUCUCCUCUCCAUCUGCUCGAUCAUCAUCGUGUCGGUGGGGAUUGUGGUGAUGCUCGGGUGGACGAUCGGGGUGUUGGAGGCGGUCAUUCUCGUGCUGGUCGUCGGCCUCUCGUUCGACUUCACCCUCCACUUCGGUGCCUCUCUACCCUCCGAUGGGUGCCCGAUGCACCGGGUCGAACGGACAGCCGAGCUGGCGAUGGGCCCAGUCUUCCUCGCCGCCAUCUCGUCGAUCAUCGCCGGGCUGCCGAUGCUGCUCUGCAAGACGCACGCCUUUUUCCAGGUCGGCGUCUUCCUCGUCGUGUCGAUGUCGGUCUCCUGGGUGUUUGCCAACUUUUUCUUCGUCCCCCUGCUCACGCUGACGCUGUCGCGACGGCAGCCCUGCCAACAGUGCCACGACAAGGAUUUCCAGAUGGUCCCGCGGUAU